CGUACCCAGCCAAAGUAUCGAGCAUAUCUGCCCAAUCAGACAAGAUGGCCUCCUACAAGAUUGCCGCUCCCGAUGAAUACCUUGCCAUCACUGGCAUGGGUGUCAAGACCCUCAAAAUCACAAAGGCGGCAUGGGUUUGGCCCUUCCAGCGCUGCAUGCGCUUCAGCGUGCAACCCCACGACUACGCCAUGAGCCUCCAGGCCAUGACCAAAGAAAAGCUGCAAUUUCUCCUUCCCGUCGUCUUCACCGUCGGUCCCGAUGUCAACCAGCGAGGUGCCAACAUCCGCAUGUUCCAUGAUGAGCCCGGAAAGCCCAGCAACGAAGAUGACGUUGCCACGGCCGUCUCCGACUCGGCAGUUCGCCGCGAAGACCGAGGCGAUGCCCUUAUGAAGUUCGCCAUGCUCCUGGCCGAUUCGGGCCGCGACAAGGGUCCCAACAACCAUGACUUUCUCGAGGGCAUCGUCAAGGGCAUCAUCGAAGGUGAAGUCCGUGUGCUUGUCUCGGCCAUGACCAUGGAAGAGAUCUUCUCGGAGCGUGAAGUGUUCAAGCGACGCAUCUUCCGCAACAUCCAAUCCGAACUAGACCAAUUUGGCCUCAAGAUUUACAACGCCAACGUCAAGGAGCUCAAGGACGCUCCGGGAUCGACCUACUUUGCCUCGCUGUCCCAAAAAGCGCACGAAGGUGCAACUAACCAAGCCCGGAUUGACGUCGCCGAGGCCCAGCUGCGCGGUAACGUGGGCACGCAGAAGCGCAAGGGUGAAGAAGCGCGGGAGGUUGCCAAGAUCCAGGGAGAACAGGACCGCGAGCUGGCCAAGAUCCAAGCCGAGACGCAGGUCCAAAAGACGGAGCGGGACAUUGAGAAGGCGACAGCCGAGGCCGUCCUCAAGACACGCAAAGUCGAGCUCGACCGGGACGUGCAAAUUGCGGGGAUCCAAGCCGCGCGCAAGACCGAGGCGGAGGAUGAGGAUCUCAAGCGCGAGGUGCAGAUCAAGCGCGCCGCGGCCGAGAUGGAGCGUCUCCGUGCCACGGACGUGGUCAAGGCGAGCAUCGCGCGUGAAGCCAAGCAGCAAGCGGCUGACGCCAAAGCGUACGAGAUUGAGAAGGAGGCGCGGGCCAACUUUGAGAAGGACAAGCAGGCGACCGAGGCGACCGCCUACAAGACCAAGGUCGGUGCCGACGCGCAGGCGUACGCGGCCAUCAAGCUGGCGGAUGCGGAGCUCCAGCAGAAGCUGAGGGCGGCAGAAGGUAUGAGCGCCAUGGCGGAGGCGUACGCCAAGAUGAGCCACGCGUUUGGUGGUCCUCAGGGCCUGCUGCAGUACAUGAUGAUCGAGAAGGGCACGUAUGUCGAGCUGGCCAAGGCGAAUGCUGAGGCUAUCAGGGGAUUGCAGCCCAAGAUCAGCGUCUGGAACACGGGCGCCGAGGCGGGCUCUUCGGGUGGUGCUGGCGAGCAGCAGAGCAGCAUGGCGACCAUGAGGAAUAUCUACCAGAUGCUGCCGCCGUUGAUGACAACCAUCAAUGAGCAGACGGGCAUCACGCUGCCAGAGUGGCAAUUUGGACGAAUGGCUGGACAGAUGUCGGAGGUGGAGAGACGGGGACAGGCAUCCAACGGACAGAAGGAGUAGGAGUCCUGUCACUGAACUGGUGAUUUUUGUCCUCCAUGUGGGUUUGGCUUCUUUCUCUUCUUUUUUUUUUUUUUCUUCUUUUUUUUUUUCUGUUUG